AUGGCGAAAGUGCCGGAGAUAAAGAUAAUGAGAAGCGAGAGCUUGGGGCAUCGAAGUGACGUCUCGAGCCCAGAAUCUAAGCUUGGGAUGCGUGUGGAAGAUCUCUGGGACGAGCAGAAGCCGCAGCUCAGCCCAAACGAGAAGCUCAACGCCUGCUUCGAGAGCAUCCCCGUCUCUGCUUUCCCUCUCUCCUCUGAUUCACAAGACAUCGAGAUAAACUCAGACACGAGUCUGGCUGAAGCUGUUCAGACGCUGUCAAAACUCAAAGUCUUGAGCGCGCCUGUUGUAGAUGUUGACGCUCCUGAAGACGCCAGCUGGAUUGACCGGUACAUCGGUAUUGUGGAGUUUCCUGGCAUUGUUGUAUGGCUUUUGCAUCAGUUGGAGCCACCAUCUCCAAGGAGCCGUACUGUAGCAGUUUCAAAUGGAAUUGCUCAUGAUUUCACCUCCGAUAGCUAUAGAAGAACACCAAGGUUCGAGAUCUCUGGAACAUUCCGAUGGGCACCGUUCCUGGCUCUGCAGAAAGAGAACUCCUUUUUAACCAUGCUCUUGCUUCUUUCAAAGUACAAAAUGAAGAGCAUCCCUGUGGUUGAUUUAGGUGAAGCAAAGAUCGAGAGCAUCAUCACUCAAUCAGGAGUUAUCCAUAUGUUUGCAGAAUGCGCGGGGCUCCACUGGUUUGAAGAUUGGGGAAUCAAAACUCUCUCUGAAGUCCGUCUUCCCAUUAUGUCAAAAGAUCAUAUCAUAAAGAUCUAUGAAGAUGAACCUGUUCUUCAGGUGUUCAAGCUGAUGAGGAGAAAGAGAAUCGGAGGCAUACACAUCUACCAUGACUACAGGUCAAUCACAACGAAGAACUUCUUAGUAGCGGUUAGAGAGCACCUGGAGAAGUGUGGGGAUACGUCGGCUCCUAUACUGAGUGGUGUCAUCGCUUGCACUAAGAACCAUACGCUAAAGGAGCUUAUAUUGAUGCUAGACGCCGAGAAGAUCCAUAGGAUAUACGUGGUGGAUGACUCAGGCAACCUCGAAGGACUCAUCACUCUCAGAGACAUCAUCGCAAGACUUGUCCAUGAGCCAUCUAACUAUUUUGGGGAUUUCUUUGACGGUGUUUUGCCUCUUCCCGAAAACUACCGAGUCUAA